AUGGCGUCGAUCAAUACGAAUAUCAACAGCGGUGGUGCCAACAUAGGUUUCCAUGAAUUGAAGAAGCAGGCUUCUUUCUUCCUCAAGGAGAAGAUCAAAUCUGCCCGGCUGGCCUUGACCGACGUCACACCCGCUCAACUACUGGCUGAAGAAGCUACGAACGGGGAUCCGGGCUGUCCCGAUGCUAGAACGCUCAAGAUGAUAUCAAAGGCAGCUUUCGAAGUUGAUGAUUACUGGAGGAUUGUGGACAUCCUUCACAGAAGAUUAGUUAGAUUUGAGAAGAUGAACUGGAGGCCUUCUUACAAGGCUCUGAUCGUGAAUAGAAGCAGUAAACGAGAGGAUAAUGAAUUGCUCUUUAAUCAAUAG